GGUUAACAAUGAAGGUUGGAUGUAUUCAGACAUACGAUGCUUCUAUGCUUACCUAUGAUCAUAUCGAAGCUUCCAAUGUAAUACAGUUAACUAAGGAACUUACAAAUACAAAAUUACCAACAGAUAUUGAAGUAAGUAAUAAAUAUAGUGUUAGAUAUUUUCAUCAAUGUUACUUCGUUUACUUUUUGUCUUCAGGUGGAAUGGCUGUUAAAAGCAAUUUGCUUAAUCGAUUUAACCACAUUAGCUGGGGAUGAUACACCGGUCAAUGUACAAAGACUUUGUGUAAAAGCAGUUCAUCCACUAAGUGAAUGCGUUUUGAAUAACAUUGAGAAUACUUUCAAUAUGAACUUACAAGAUUUAAGAACAGCUGCUGUAUGUGUUUAUCCAUAUCAAGUUAAAACAUGUGCAGAAACUUUUAAGAAAUUAAAAUUACCAAAUUUUAAUAUUGCGUCUGUUGCUACUGGUUUUCCUACUGGACAAUAUCCUUUAGAAACUCGGCUAUUGGAAAUUAAAUCAGCUAUAAAUGAUGGAGCGAAUGAAAUUGAUGUAGUAAUAAAUAGGACAUUAGCUUUACAAGGUGAUUGGGAAGGAGUUUAUAAUGAAGUAUGUGCAAUGCGUAAAGCUUGUGGUGAUCAAGCACACUUAAAGACUAUUCUUGCUACCGGUGAAUUAAGCUGUUAUGAUAAUGUUUAUAAGGCUUCAAUGGUUUGUAUGUUAGCUGGAGCAGAUUUUAUUAAAACAUCUACUGGAAAAGAAACAGUCAAUGCAACACUCCCAAUUUCAUUGGUUAUGGCUAGAGCUAUUCAAGAUUUCAAUGAAGUAUAUGGCAUCAAGGUUGGUUUCAAACCUGCCGGUGGUCUUCGUACAGCUAAAGAUGCUAUUGAUUAUCUCCAAUUAAUCGAUAAUGUUCUUGGCUCUGAUUGGAUAAAUCCAGAUUAUUUACGAUUUGGAGCUAGUUCAUUAUUGGCCAAUAUUGAAACUCGACUAUACAGUCUAUGCCAUAAUGGUUUAAUACCAUUACCUGGUGAAUUAGACUUUUUCUAAUUGUUGAUUACCUUUUUUUCUCUCUUGUUUUCUUUCAAUUUAUUCGAUUUGAUUAUUUUUGUUGUUGUUGUUGUUGAAAAGAAGUCGUUUCUAUCAAUUUUUAUUUUAAAUAUUGAUAAACCAAACGCUAUUUAUAUUUUGUACACAUUUCGUUUUGAUUGUAAAAAGAAUACAAAGAAGUGUAGUGAUAGGAGUAGAGAGGAAAGCAAAACGAAAAAAAAAUACAGCAACAACAACAACUGUAUGUUUAGUCAACAGUUCUUUUUGUUUAACGAAAAAAAAGAGGAAUAAAUGACAAGGGGUUUCUAUUUACGCUUAUUCUCAUUUGUUCCUUGUCGAAUCCCUCUGACACUUACUUUUUAGGUUUGUGUGUGUCACACAUCGAAAUAUAUAUAUAUAUAUAUAUAUAUAUAUAUAUAUAUAUAUAUAUAUAUACUUGUGGAGAAAGGUCAGAGGACGAAACAAAAGUGAGAAAACCUUAGGAAAGUUAAUAAAAUGAUGAAGUACAGUGAUGAAUGAAUAGAAAGAAAAAAACAAAAAAAGAGAAGUAAACCCAUAAUAAACAAAAAAUCAAUACAUUUUAUUACAUUGUAUACCUUUUAUUUUCUACAUAUUGCUUCAACAUCCUCUUUAUGAUUAAUAAAUAUUAUUGUGAACAUUCAAUAAUAAUGAUAAUAAUCCAAGAUAAUUGUUUAUUAUGUUCGAUUAAUCGAUAUAGAGACAUGUGGAUAUAUGUAAAGGAUUAAGAUAAUAAUGAGAAAUGUAUUAAUAUAUGAUUGAUUGGUUGCCGGCUUUAAGUAGUAUUCAUCAUAAUACAUACACGAGAACAUGUACCUGGUCAUGUCUUUUUUUUUCUUCUUCUUCAAAUAACUAUUAUAAUCCCUAUGAUAUACAAUUAUUGAAAAUGAUGUUUGAAUGUGUUUAUAAAGUUAGAUGGAAAUCAUGAAUACAAGAACAACAAUAAAAUCAAAGAGAUUAGAUUACAC